UGAUCUGCGAAUCGACAAGUCCGUUUGAAUCAUGGAUGAGUGAUUGUGAACAAGAUGAAUUGGUGUGUGAUUUUAGUGGCCUUGUGCUUUGUCACCUUUGUUUACGGAUCGGGAAAUUCUUUGAAGGACCCCUACAUAUGCGGACAACCGUCGUGCGCACCAUCAGAAAAGUUUAAAUACCUACCUGAUGUUAUAUACCAUUAUGAGUACAAAGUAAAUGUGGAGACGUACUUCGCGGGAUCAAGCAAUAACCGAUCCACUCUUGAUGUGAAGGCAGCUGUCAAACUUCAAUUUGUGAGUCCUUGUGAAGGUCUCCUACAAAUCAAUGACGUCACACUCAUUGACCAAGAUGAAAACUAUGCCAUUGAAAGAGCUGAAAAGUUCAUUCAUGCCAUCUCACUCUAUGAUCUCAGAUUUGCGUUCCAUGAUGGCGCCAUAUCCGAGAUAUGCCCCGACGAGUUGGAAGAGGACUGGGUGCUCAACUUCAAGAGAGCCAUACUCUCCAUGUUCCAGAACAGCAUGAAGCGGUUUGACAUCAAUUUCAAGGGCAUUGAGAAAGACAUCCACGGCACCUGCAACGUGGAAUACUCUGUGCGAGCCCAGCAGAACACAAGUCUGGUGCUGGUGAAGACCAGGGACCUGUCCGUCUGUACAAACAGAUACAAGUACAUGUCCAUACUGCAGACCGUGCGCUAUGACUUCCAGAGCAAAUUCCAAACAUGGCCAGUCUUAAAGUCCGAAAGCAAAUGCCGCGUGACAGUCGACCACCACAUAUACAAGGCGGUCAGUUGCCGGGAGCGCCACCUGUUCGAGCCGUUCUCCGGGAAGAACUCCGGCGCAAUGACCACAGUGAUCCAGGACUUGGUGCUGGUGGACGAGGUCGCCAAGACCGACAGUGAGAUUAUGGACGCUAAGCCUAUUACUUGGAAAAUAAUAAACAAGAGGUCGAAUCUUCUGCAUUAUCACACGCCUUAUGUGAAAUCGGACACAGGAGACCUGAAGCCAGCCAGGGAUGUACUUAAACUGCUUUGUCUAGUGAAAUCCCCAUCCCGAGACAACGGCGAGCCAAUGACAGUUGACGAAAACAUGGACAGCAGUUCAACAGUUGGUUUAUGGGGCCGACUGGUGCGUUCAGCGAGACCUUUGCAUCACCCGGCCUUGUCUCAAUUGCUGACCAGAGCUCCCACUGUUUGUGACACCGCCUCAAAGCACAUCUUGGAUGCCCUUCCGUACAUCGCGAGCGCCGGGUCCGUGGAGCUGAUAAAGGACAUGAUAGUGAACAACAAGGUGGACGCCGAGACCAGGCACGAGUGGCUCAUGUCGAUGGCCAUAAUACCCAGACCGAAGAAAGAAAUGUUGGACAGCAUGCUUGAGCUAUUACAGAAGCAGAGAAAUGACAAAGUCGUCAGUUUCACCGUUUCAUCCAUGGUGCAUUCGUAUUGCAGAAAUAGCGGGAAAUCACUACGAGAAUGUUGCGAAGAAGAAACUCUGCAAAAUAUUCUAGAAGAAUUCCAGAAAAUUGUCAAUGAUAUUGUCGCCAAAGGUCUCAUAAACGCUGAAAGAGAAGAUAGAGACAACCUGGUAAUCGCCAUCAAAGCCCUGGGCAACAUGGGGUCCUUCAAGCAGGAGUUCGCGGACGUGCUCAUGAACAUAGCGGGCGACGCGCUCGUGCCCAUACCCGUGCGCCUGGCCGCCGUCGACGCCUUUAGGAGGACGCCUUGUAUUGAAACCAGAGAAUAUUUCCUGGAAACAUUCCGUGAAGACUACGUGCACGUGGAAAUCCGACUGGCCUCGUACUUGCAAGUGAUGAGAUGUCCCACUCUCUCCACUAUUAGAAAAAUAUUCCACGCUCUGAGAAACGAACCUGUCAAUCAAGUUGCAACAUUCGUAUGGAGUCACCUUAACAACCUGGGCCAGUCUUCCCUACCGUCCCGGGUGGAAAUCCAGGGCUUGUUGUCCGGCCACAGCAUGCCCCGCCUGGAAGACAACCCGGACUUCAGGAUGUUCAGCAGGAACUAUGAACAGGGGGUGUUCUUCGACCAGUACAACGCAGGUGGCAACUACGAGGCGAACGUGAUAUUCUCGCCGGACUCCUACAUACCUCGAUCUGUGUCCGUCAACUUGACUGUCGAUAUGUUUGGCGAAUCUAUCAACGUUUUUGAGAUGAAAGCUCGCGGCGAAGGUUUCGAACGAUACUUUGAACAGUUCUUCGGCAACAACGGCCCGCUCAGCAAGACAAAGAUACACGAACACAUCGACAAACUACGCUUCUUCCGCUCGGCCAACGACGCGGACGAUAUUCGGGCAAAAAUCGACGAUCUGGGGUACAAAAACGAAGCACUUAAGCACCGUUUUCCCAUGGCAGAGUUGGGGAUCAAAGUGUUUGGCAAUGAGAUCUCGUUUUGGAGCGCGGAAGGCGAUGAUGAAAUAAGAAAGUCUUUGGAGAGGUUGAACCCUCAGUUGAGGGUUUUGGAGAUUUUGUCGGGGAAGGAAAUAUCCUACGACAAAGCGUCCCUAUUCUUAGACACUACAUUCUCCGUGCCCACCGGUUGCGGCCUGCCCCUCAAUAUGAACCUAAUGGGCACCAGCUAUGUCAAUACCAAGAUGUCGGGAACUGUGGUCGAUAAAUACAAGCAGUCGGGAUAUCUGGACUUCGAAGGGAAGAUUAGGCCGAGUAUUGCAGUAAACAUAGCGGCGACUAUGGGCGUAGUGGCCGGCGGUUUGGCAUCAAGCGGUAUUCGGCUCAAUUCCCGACUCUACACCGCCACCGAUGUGGAAGCCAAACUAGAGCUGAGAGGACUCGGCCGAGUGCGACUCGACCUUUCGCUGCCUACUGACAAACAGGAGAUAUUUGCUGCCAAAUCCGAGCUAAUAGUCCUACACGGAGACCAAGAAUUACAGCAACAAGGAUUGAACAAGAACAGAAUCGAGCAGAACACGUGCAGUUGGAGUACUUUCGACAACGCCAUUGGUAUUAAAGUGUGUGCUUCGUAUCAGUUCCCCGACAUGACGAACAUUCGGAACGCGCCAUACUUCAUAAUGAGCGGGCCGGCGAAAUACAUCGUGUCUUUGGAGAAAGCCGACCCCUCCGCCAAAACCUACGCGUUCCAGUACCAUUGGGAUCGAAACGAGACCGCCAACGUGAUAGGGUUCUCUUUUGACACGCCAGACAGCAAGGAGAAAAGAAUGUUCAACGCGAUGCUUACUCUCUCCAACACUACAAGUACCGCUCUUCUCUCAAUGCAAUCCGCCAAAAGUACGCUAAAAGCCAAAGCUUUAUACAGAAACUUAGCCCAUGAUAAGUCUAUAGAGGCUAGUUUAGACGUAGACGGAAGAAAACAGUUUGACACGGUGAUGUCGCUGAAGAGACAGGAAAUAAGUCAUGGGUUCGUGUGGCUGCCUCAUGCGUAUUGGGUGGUAGAUAACGAAAGAGUUGCUGAGCUAUCCGGCUACUUCAAGUUCAAAUCCAAAGGCGGUGUCACACAAUGCGACAUAGUGGCCGACUUCCAAACGAAACAAUUAGCCAGCCAUAUGUCCGGCUACUACACUAUGAACGGGCCCACUCACGGAGCCAAACUGCAGCUGGACUACCAGUUCUUUAAGAACCCCAAACAGACUGUCAAAAUGGAGGGCGUUUACAUCGAAAGAUCGGUCGCGUAUAGACACGAUUUGUAUGGAGAAUUGUCGAUGGAGUUCUCGGCGUAUUCCGAAUAUAAUUUCUAUGCUGUACUCAAUAAUUUGAACACCCAAAACCACAUCGACAUAGGUUUCAACGUGAGCGCAUCUAGGGAGGAUAAGCUAGACCCAUCGUUUUUGUUCUCAUUCGUUCAGUAUGAGAAGAUGAACGGUAUGAAGUUAGACACGCAACUGUUGCUGAAACGACCGAAGUUGGUCGAUAUGAAAUUGUCUUACGAACAGCUUGGUUCAAAAUACUCCGCAUUGGCACUCCUUAACUUCAACCCUAAAUCUAGAGAGAUUAUUCUCUCCGGAUACCUGUUCUGUCCCCCGGGCACUCAGCUAUACCUGGACGGCCAGCUCAACAUGACACUGCCGACGCUACAUCCGGCCACGAUCAAGGCGAAAGUUCACGAGAAACAGCCUAGUGAAUAUCAAGUAAACGCAGCUGGCAUAUGGUUCACCGGUGUAGAUUUCAACAUAGAUGCUUUAUACCAGGACCAGUCUAAAACCAACAUGGCGUCGCACAGAAUAAAAACACUGAUAAACAGCAGCCAUUUCAAAGAUAUAGCCAUCGAUGCGAGGUUCACGCAGGAUAAUAGACAAGUCACUUUUAUUGGACAGGGUGAAUACAACGAGGACAAGUACCGCACAUUGAUCCGCUACAUACUACUUUCGGAACAGAACUUCACCGCUUACGGCGAAGUGGAUGUGAGCGGGAAGGCGUACAGCGUCAGUCUUAGUGCGGACCUCAAUAAUAACACGCAGCUUAUGAUGGACGUGCAUUUUGAUCAACUCCGCGAUGUCCACGUGGCGUACCAGCGCUGGUCGGGCGCGGGCCGCAAGCGGCUGAGCGCGGAGCUGAACUGGGACGCCAACCGGGACCCCUCGCAGAAGGUCAGCGUGGACGUGCAGCUGCGCCGCCGGGCCGCCUGGCACCACUCCGGCCUGCUGGCCUUCUACUACCCCGGCCGGCUGCUCAAUGGGGACUUCGAGUUCUUGUUGAGAGAUUGGUACUGCGAAUGGAUGGUCCGUAUGGGCUGGGCGAGCGACACGGCCAUAGAUUGGCGAGUGAAGAUGUUUUCUGAGGCUCACGAGCAAACCGUAUACGCUUUGCUGUCCAGUAUGCAUACACCAUUUCCUGGGUGGAAAGAUACUAGCUUCAAUCUUAUGUGGCGCUACCACGACAAUCUCCAAGCUGUUAACGGCAGUAUGAACUGGCAAGAAGACUACCUAGCGUUCAGUCUGUUAGCGGACUACUUGUUCAAAACGAACGAAUUCUUCGGCGAGAUCAAUGCGGUGGUCAAUUCUACUAUACCGACGUUACCCAGAGCCGCGGCUAUAGCUAAACAUAGGGUUGUUUGGAAGAAGAGCGCCGAUACCUUGCUUAGUUUUCAGUACAACGAAGAAGGUUUGCUCAUGAUAAACUCGUCAUGGACAUUGGACAGAGGCCGCACGGAAAAUAACGUCACAGGGAAAGUCACUCUCAUUUCUCCAUUCCAGGGUUAUACAAAUGGUUUUCUACGGACCGAGUUCGUUUUCGGACAUAAGAGGGACAUGAAAGGCAUUUCAUUCGUCAAGCUAGAAGAGAAAGUGUUGAAAAUCUAUGUUGACGGGUACAUGCGCCGCAUAACAAACUGCAUGCUGGUGGUGAAUGUGACCCGCCCGGAGAGCGACGUGAAGCCCACCACGGCUCGGUUCGGCUUCAUAGAGCGAGACAGGCAUCUUGUUGCCAUGCUCUCCACGCCUAAUUCUACCACAGGUAUCGAAGUUUUACUAAAGUUGUUGACGUUCCAAGAUUUCCACGUAUUUGGUCAUGUGGCUCUGCCUAUACAGUAUCUCAACAGGGCCAUGAUAACGGCCAAACGGGCACCGGAAGAGUUGGACUUCAGAGUGGGCUGGGGCAACAUGGACUUUGGUUUUACCGGUAUCUGGCACUACCAAUCUCCUAUUAACUUCGUAUACGUGUACAAAUUGUACACGCCUUUAGAAGGAUUCGAAGAAAACGGGUUGGUCUUGAAGAAUGUGUACGGUAACGGGUUGGAUACUGAGCUGUCUGUACGUCUGUCGAAGCAUAAGUUUGGUAUCGCGAUACUCCUAGUGGACACUGGGAAAGGCUUGCUGGACGUCCUACAACAGCAAUUCAGACACAACACGACUCUCAAUAUGGACAUGUUCAUGGAGAAUUUCGACACGACAGCCCGCGUUACCUUAGAUACGAUAUACUAUCCUACUGUCACAUUUAAUGCCCAUUUGAUGAAGUUUGUGGGUAUAGAUGAAGAAGAUAUCUUGGAAGUGAACGCUACGCUACAUCUACCACAGGGACCCAUAGUGCUGACUGAUGUGUUCGUUUUAGAGACCUACACAGAAAUGAAGAACACGCUUAACCUAGUGACUCCUUUUCAAAUGAAAGAAGUGAAGUCAGUUUACACCGUGGACAUUAUACUGGGCGAGAAAAUCAACGUGUCGUGCCUAGUGCUGACUUACAACGGGACUUAUUGGCACGAGAUAUCCUACAAAAUAUUUUACGAAUACGAGACAGGGGAGGACGAUACGUACGAAUCGUACGUAGCGUCCGUUGGCAUCGUCACUCCCCUGGCGGUAUUACCCGCCUUGGAGUCUAAGGUUUCAGCGAGAUUAGAAGACGCCCUUUGGAAGAUGGCCGCUGAUAUAUCUAUGCCGUCGUUUACUGUCACUGCUGUGGCAAAAUUAGAGCUCGACGACCCAUUCGUAGAGACUUCAGGCAGUCUGAACCUCACUUCUCCAUUCUUAGAGGACUACUGCAUCAAACUUCAGUUCAAGAAAGAUUUCUCAGAGAGCGAGAAUGUGGUCGCCGGCGGGAUCCACGUGUUGCAGGGGGAGUACGACAACUAUUUAUACGCAGACGCGGUGUGGGCGCCUCCCCCCUCGCUCAACAUUCGCUUCAAAGCGCGCGGAGCUCUUCGCCCCAUACUACCGCCGGCGGAGUUCUCCCUCAAGUACAGCGACGAAAGCUACAAUUCCACGUUCAUUGCGCGCUCGGUGACCGCCGACUUCUCGUGCCUCGACGUGUUCUACUCGCUGAAGGCUGACCAGCGACCGGCGGCCGUUAGCGUAGCGGUCUCCAGUCCUCAUCAGGGUUUUAGAGCAAUGAAGAUGAUAAGCGAGUUCAAAGACGACGACAUAACCGGCACAUUCGUCACUGAGAACAACGAAUAUGAUAUUUCUGGGAAAGUCACCAACAGGCAGCCGCUAGAGAUAUCAGUGACCCUGGUACCCAAAGGUGGGGGAGAACAUACCACUCUGAGGCUGAAGAUAGACAACUCGAAUACUAUUUACUCAUUAUCUGCUGUUUGUGCUGGAGCCAUGCAACUGUCUAUGCAAGCACGUGCCGAAUUGGAGACUAACUUUACGGAUCUUUCUAUAAAGGUGGACUCCCCCCAAAUUAGCAAAGACCCGAUUACUCUAAAAGUCCACGCGGAUAUCUACCCAAAGCUUCGCCGGGCCAUCAGAGUGCAGGCCGCCACGCCAUUACCCAGGCUCAAGACUCUCAAUGCUGAUGCCGAUUUUGUAUUCGCGCCAAAGACCGGUUUUCUAUUAUGCCACUACAGCGUGCCAGACAUGAAAGGAGACGGGGAUUUGAAGUGGAGCUUCUUGUUGGGAGAUCUCUUUAUCAAGGCAAUCGGUCACCAAAACGUGGAAAAGGAGCAGAAGAGUGUUGAUUUGGACAUAUAUUUUGGCAACAACACGAUCAAUGACCUGCCAACAACUAACGCUGGCUUCAGAAUGGAUUUGGAUCGAGUUUGGCAAAUCGGCGCCAACGCAUCCUUCGGCUACAUAAUGAGCAGUCGCCUCAAUUUGACAAUCAACGCCAUUUUACCAAAGCCGAACGUAGAUGUACAUACGCUGUCCAUUUCUGGCAAUCUGGGGACGCCAACUAUGCCGCUGAGAACUUUAGACGCAGUGUACAAGACGGAUGUUACGAAGAUCGUCACUGGAAUUAGUGGGAAGGUCCUAAUGCAACCCGACAUCUUUGACACGAACUCCACAAUAAUCUGGACAUCUAACAAUCAAUACAAGAACAUAGACAAUAAAUUGCUCUACAAAUGGGACGAAACUGGGUCUCAUUUCAUAGACUACACUCUCAAGUCGCCGCUGGCUGAUGGAGACGACACGUUCAAACUGAAAGGGUCGUAUCAAGAGGAUUUGGUGCAUAAAUAUCAUAUUGUUAAGGGCUGGAUGUACCAGCCGGGGCGCAGUGAGAUCGGCGAGCUGGACCUGCGCUACGGCGGCGUCAAGCACACGGACGGACAUUUCAACCUUAGCACGCCUUUCCAGAGGCUGCCUUGGCUCAAAUCUAUUUUCGAUAUCAACAAUCUAGACGAAUACUCAGACAACAAGGUAGAACUAUUCUGGCCAAACAAAACAGCAUCGUUCAACAACACCCACCACUACACAAAACGCGACCAAGGUUUCGUCCAAGAUGGCGUGAUAUCACUUUCGGUUCCAUUGAACACUCAGCACUUGGUCAGCACGGAGUAUUAUUAUAUACAAGGCGAUGUGGAGAGCAAUGGAAAUGCAACAGUCGAUUUCGAUCGAGAGAGAUUCGUUAAGGCGUCGUUUAAACAGGUAUUGAGCAAAAGCGAGAGAAACCUCGACUUGGCAACUACUAAUAUAGAGGUGGAAAAUGCGCACACGCCGCUAGGAGUGAAAUACUUACACGAAUACGACGAGACUGGAAACACUGACGUAAAACAAGCCACCGUAUUCCACCUAACGAACGCCACGAAAUUCAACGUGACAGGCAAACUUGACGUAUACACUUACGAUAUCGGCAAGAACUUGAAGUUGACGGCUAUGCACGGCCCCAGAACUUGGUCCUUCGAAAACCGGUACGAGGCGGUGGAUAAGAUGCUGAAACAAGCGAGCAAAGUCAAGUGGGCGGACGAUGUGUGGAUCAAUUAUGAUAUACAUGUCACUAAUUUGACUGUGGACGACAUCGAAUCUCAGCAACUUUUCAUGAACGUGUGCUAUCCCCUCCGCUCAUUCAAUUUGGAUGCAAUAUACCAUCUCCAAGAUACUUCUUUAGAUGGUCGCGCUUUACUAACGUGGGACGUUCAAAGAGGGAACAAAUCUGCUGAACUGAAGGGACGAUGGAAUAGCCCACCGAAUGCUGAAGGCAGUCUGCAUAAUGUAGAUCUUUCCUUGUCGCACCCUUCGUUUAGGAAGGACGUAAUAUUGAAAGGCAACUACCUCAGCACACCAGCGGUCAUGUCCAACGUAUCUCUAGAAUUACAAUAUUCGGACUACGAAAACGAAUAUCUGAAGCUCAAAUCUAUACUAACUGACAAUUCUAAUGGACCAAUCAGAAACUAUAAAUUCGCCCUUAAGUGCACUCAUCCAUCGACGAAUUUGGACUUGGAUAUGAAGUCUGAUAUAAAUAUACAGAGCAGAUGGUACUACUUCAAUAAUUACUAUAGGUUUCAGAAGUCGCUUUUGUAUGAGAAAUUGCGGUCGACUAAACUUUUAGUGGAUAUGAAUAAGAGUGCUAUUAAAUGGGAGCGUCAAAACGAGACUUACUUCUACAAAGCCAACGGAACCUGGGACCUCACGUUCCCCUACUACCGCAUGCUGGCCUCCGUGCACCGGCCCACUGGGAACGACACGGGAGCUGCUACGUUAUCCUUGAAGGACAGAUCGCUCAUAGCCCACUUCAAUAGUUCUGAUGACAUCUCCUACCACAUUAUCGGCCGCAUCAUAGACACUCGCUCUGCCCGUUUCGACGCGUGGCGCGACUUCGACGACGUCACCACGGUAGACCUCGCCUCCUACAUCCGACUGAACCACUCCCGACUCCUAACCAGCUCAAUAGUAUGGCGACCUGAGAUCUUCGGCGAAGUCAAAUCAACAUUCGUGUACACACUCAAAUCUUUGUACGGACAAGUAAAUGAAACUUUAGUUAUCAUCAAAGAAAUGCCGAUGGAAGCCCAUUUGGCCCUGAGAAACAUAUGGUCUGACGCGAAACCGCGCAUACGAGAUUUCUUGGACGAUCUUAAUGAUUUACACGUCAUUAAAGAUGAUCUGGACGAUUUUGAAAGAUUUUUGAAUGAAUCUUAUGGUAACAACGAUUUUUAUGUCAAAGAUAUCGUAGAGUUUACUUACUACGUUUUAGACGAAAUGGCUAUAAGGAACCACCUGGAAAGUUUGCCAGGAAUCGUGAAUGACAUGUGGGGAAUGAUGGGAAACACUAGUCAGUCGAUAAAACAGAGCUUGACGUACAUAGCGGACACGAUCAAGAUGGCGUAUUCCAACUUUUUGGAGUCUGUGAACAAAGUUUUAGAAGCGGAUUUCAUGGAGCUCGUCUCUGAUAGAUUGGAAGCGAUGAUAUUACAGUAUGAUAACUUCGUGAGGGACAUGCAUAUGAAGCUGUUGGAAUACUGGGAGGACACCUGGGUGAAUGCGACGACUAGACUAUCAAAGUAUUGGCAGGAAUUGCUGAAAUCCAUAGAGCCGUUGUUCUUCAAGAUACUGCACUACACCGAGUCGUUCGUGGUGACGAUUUGGCACGGCGUUAUGGACUUCUUCUACAAAAGGACUCAAGAUCUGACAGAUUCGCCAUACUUUAACUAUGUGUCGACAUUUGGUCAGGAAAUGGAUAAAAUCUACAAGGAUCUAAUGAACAACGAUUACCUUACAAACAUCAAGAAGUACAGUCGCAAGCUGUUCGACGUGAUCUGGGGCAAGCUGGAGAAGUAUAUUCCGUUCAAGGAUGAGAUAGCUCAAUUGUACGCCGAGUUCAAGAGCGCUUGGGAGGCCUUCCUCAAGACUAAACAAGUGGUUUAUAUUAGAGAGAAGUAUUUGGAAGCGUACGAGCGCCUGCGCUGGUGGUACGACUACUUCCUGAUCGGGGAGGCGCUGCAGACGGUCGGCGACAUUCUGUAUCAGAAACUCACGGACAUGUACAAAACUGCGCUGCAAUAUGAGGAGUUGCACCGAACACCGAAAACGAAUUUCAUAUUCGACCCGCGCGUGGGCGAGAUCCUGCUCGAACAGAAACUGCCGAUGUCCUGGCACGCCUUCAACCGCACGCCGGAUUUCAGCGAGAUCGCCGAGUACCGGGCCGCGCGGGACUUCCUGGACGACUGGCUGGUCACCAACAGGUCCAUAUGGUCGUAUUACUACGAGAUAAGACCCUAUAUGGACCUGAAUAAUAUAUUGCCGCCGUUCCCGGGCAUGGCCAUCAUGACCGGCCAAGGCACCCUGGUGACCUUCGACAAGCGCGUGUUCACGAUCUCGUCGGAGGGCAGCUUCCUCCUCAGCAAGGACUACCGGCAGAACAACUUCACCGUGGUGAUGGCCAGCAACCAGCAGGCCAGGUACGACCUGCUGGUGCUUACGGCCCAGAGGGUCAUACGGAUCGACUUGUACAAGGAGGAAGUGUCAAUAGGUAACGACGUACUCAGCCUGCCCGCUGCGAUUGACGGGUUCAUCAUAGACAGACAAACAGACCUGAUCAACGUACAGAGCGAGCAAGGGAUCGACAUACAGUGCAAUCUGCUGUUCAGGUCAUGCAAGAUACAGGUUUCAGGCUGGUGCUACGCAAGCCUGGGCGGCUUACUGGGCACGUACAACAACGAGCAGUUCGACGAGUUCCGGCUGCCCGGCGGCGCCUACGCCGCGGACGAGCGCUCGCUGGCGCGCGGCUGGGCGCUGGGCGGCGCGGGCGCACCGUUGGAGAACCUCGAGAUCAAGAACGACACGCAAUGCGACAAGUUCUUUAUGAAUAAGGUGUCGCCGUUGCAUCCCUGCUUUACUGUCAUCUCGGCGGCGCCGUUCCACGCGGAGUGCGCGCGCGGCGCGGCGGCGUGCGCGCUGGCCAGCGCCUACCUGCAGCUGUGCGCCGCGCAGCACGUGGCCACGCACAUCCCCGACCACUGCAUGCAGUGUACGACCCCACAAGGCGACGUCAUAGAAGAGGGAUCAUUCCACGAGCUACAAUACGUGCCCAACUCCACCGACGUAGUGUUUGUGAUUGAAGCUCAAUAUUGCAACAGAAAUCUGCGCAAACGCAAGAACAUAGAUCUUUUUGUGGAGGCGUUCGAUACUAGGUUACAAGGCAGUGGAUUGACGGACAAUAGAUACGCAAUCGUGGCGUUCGGCGGGUCGGGCGUGUUCCGCUCGCCGCGCGCGCUGUACGUCAACAGCAAGCUGUUCACCGACGCCAUAGAGCUGCCCGCACAUGUCGACGCUAUUCAUCUCGAAAAAGCCGAUCUAACCCGAAGCAACAAGACCCAAGCGGCUGAUAUGUUCGGCGCACUCAGCUUCGCGACCAAACUGGCGUUCCGCACGGGCGUGCCUCGCACUGUGAUACUGAUGCCGUGCUCUGUAUGUGACGCCAACAAGAUGCCGAUGGAUUACUCAACGAUCUCUCACAAUCUGAUGGAGAACUCCGUUACCCUGCACAUCCUCAUGGACGGUGACUUUACAUUGUCCAAGAAACGAGCGGCGAAAUAUCUGUUUGGUAUCGACACUACCCUAGCGUACACGAACAAGGACUACGAGCGGGUAGUGGGCGACGCGGCGCUGCGGAAACAGGUGCGGCUGCCCAAGGAGAGGCUCGGCGUCUGCACGUCGCUGGCGCUAGAGACUAACGGCACGAUAUUAGCGGGCGCGAAGCUCUCCGGCGACCGUCCGACGGCGCGGCGCUUCGCCACCGUGGCGGGCGCGCGCGCCGCCGUCGCGCCCGCCUGCCGCCGCGCGCGCUGCGAGUGCCGAGACGGCAGGCUGCACUGCCGGCCCUGCGCCGACACCUUGCUGCACGCAGAGCUGUCGUUCUGGAACUCUGAUGACAUCGACGAACUAAUCGACAUGGCCAUCGAUCCUCCUUUACCCUCACUUUAACAAAAUAUGACUUUUAACCUUAUGCCGCUGACAUAAAGUUGAAAUUCAAGAGGCUGGAUAUGUACAAAGUGACUAACUUUUUGCAUAGCUACAAGGGUAAAAGGAAUAUUUUAGAAAUAAGUUGAAAGGUGGCGAGAAUGUUAUAAAAAAAUAUGUAAGGUGACGAAACUGUAAAUAUUAUUAAAAAAAAUAUGUACAGUGAAUUUAAGUAGGUUGAUGUGCUGACGACUGUACAAUAUACCUACCUACCUUUUUGACAAGUGUAAUCGUGAAUUGAGAAAUAAAUAAAUGUUAGUUAUCCUUUCAGAGAACAUUUUUACUGCGAUUAUAUACUUAUCAAAUUAAUAUAAGUCUGUGUAGCAGUUUUACGACACUAAUAAGUGCCAUAUUUGUUGUAAUUAACAAUAAUUAUGUAAAUAAUGUAAUAAUUCAUUUGAU